AUGUUAAAAUAAUUAGAAGAUGCUCUCAUAAAAUUAGAAGAAACUUCACAUAAUAGCUUGAAAGUACUUGAGAAAGAGAGACAGCACAGAAUCAAGAUCACUAAUGAAAUUGAAUAGACUUAGUAGGAAUUAGAGGAAAUACUGAAUAAUGAAGAAUAAAUGAUAAGAAACAUCAUAGCUGUUGAAUUGGAGAAACCCGUUCAAAUUGGAACCAAAUUUCAAGCGAAAUUAAUCAAACAAAUAGAAGUUGCCAAAUUCAAACAUGUGGAAAGAACAAAUAUGGUAGAUGAAUUAUUAGAAACUAAUACAAAUUUAAGAAUGGAAUUACAUUUAUUAGAGAAGUAGUUAUAAAGAUCUUAAGCCUAAGUUUAAGAUUUUGGUAAUUAAUUAAGUCAAAAAUAAACUGAAUUCCUGGAUUUGUAGAUUUUAUAAGUAGCUAAACACAAGGAAUUGAAAGAAUUAGUGGAGGAAGUAUAGGAAAUGAAGGAAUUGUUAUAAAAGGUUAAGGAAAUACAAUUUACAUUGAAUAAAGUAAUUGGAAAGAAUAAUAACAAUGCUAAUAAUAACAAUGAAUUCAGCAAAACAAAUUCAACUGAAGAAGCAUUCAAAUUAACUUAGUCAAAACGAUCCGUCAAUGGAAACUCUUUGAAUAAUGAUUAUUAACAAGAUAAAAAUGAAGAAUUUUGGUAUACACUACCUCCUACUCCACCUUUAAAGCUGCCCAGAAUAAAAUGA